AUGCCCUUCUUCUCCAAGCUAGUGCCCACCGUCGUGUCCGCGUUCGGUCUACAGACAGCGCUGGCAUUGAUAUUCGUGCCGCAAGCAAACGAGAAAUUCUACGACCUGGGAGGGUCGAUAGGUUUCAUCUCCACGACUCUGGUCUCCCUCUACUACCCUCACCUCAAGUUGAAAUACUGGGAGCGCGUUCCAAGCGCCGUAUUGCCACCUAUAACUUCAUUUGCGCCGAGACAGCUUUUGCUCAAUGCUGCCAUCCUCGCCUGGUCCACUAGACUCGGCUCCUUCCUUUUCUCUAGGGCCAUGAAAGCGGGCGGCGACUCUCGGUUCGACGAGGUGAAGCAUAAGCCGGCCGUGUUCGCGGGCUUUUGGAUGGCACAGGCCACGUGGGUAAUGCUGGUUGGACUACCGGUAUAUAUGGUGAACACUUUGUCUCCCGCAAACCAUCCGGGCUUGGGACGCCUUGACUACGUCUCCUUUGCAUUGCUGGCCGGUUCUUGGCUGUUCGAAAUCGUCGCCGACCACCAGAAGUCUUCUUGGCGCCAUAGAAGGGACAACAAGGAACAUGAUGAGAAGUUCAUCACCCAGGGUCUGUGGGGAGUAAGCAGACACCCCAAUUACGUCGGCGAGGUGGGCGUAUGGACGGGGAUGUGGUUGCUAUCUUGCGGCUCGCUGCGCAGCUCCUUCUUUCCGAAGGGAGCGUGGCUCAUCGCAGGCGCUAGCCCACUCCUGACGUGGUUCCUCUUGACGCGCGUCUCAGGUGUUCCCCCUCUGGAGCGGGCUGGGGACAAGAAGUUCGGCAACGACGCCAAAUGGCAAGAAUACAAGCGGACCGUCCCUGUGUUUUGGCCGUGGUCCAAGGCAGGGACGGGAAAGCCCCAGUGAUUGGUACCGAACAUCCUGAGGCACGGCACGACGGUGUCUCCUAAUAGUUGGCGCCAUACCGCCGGUAUACAAUUUGAGAUGAAGCCGUGAUUUCUGAGUCUAUUGGACGGCGACCACGAUGACCUUUCUUGUGCUCCUUGUCCGGGUCCUCCGCGCGACGUGACUUGGUAGUGGUGUACCACCAUAUCAGUGUAUAUUACGGCGUUGUUGCGAUCGCGCUCAAGUUCCGCUGUUUGUCCCACGUAGAACGUGUCUCACCUGUGAACGAUAUACUUUGUUGGAGGUGUUCGAUCG